UUGCUCAUAUGAGAUAUUAUACUUCAUAUCUAUUCUCCAAUGCUGGUUAGAUGCAACUUAAUGAAAACCUUGAUGGCUUUCUGUAUAAAUUUAACUACGUACGUAUAUGAAAUGGGUAGAGACAGAAUUUGUAAGGAUUAUUUGGGAAGUUACGGGGGAACUUGAACGCCGCAGCAGGAUAGUGGUGACCAAUAAAUAAAAGCAGUCACUCGACAGCAGCAGCAGCUUUAAAAGUUAGUCCAAUUUACUCCUAAACAACUGUAAUAGUGAGGCAUUCCGUUAAAUUGCUACUUAUGUCAGAAUUACUGAUGUCAAUAGUAUGACGGAAAAAGUGUGCACAGAAGUUGUGGAGAGGGUUCAAAUUCCUAAACACGUCGACUCAUCGGUCGUGGCAGCGACAGUUGUGUCUAUCUGGACACAAAGGAGGCGAGAAAGAUUUUCGACAUCCGUGUUUUGCUUUAUAGGAGUCCUUCCAGGAGAUUCUGCCGCAUUGUGAUCGCAGUACUUAUUCUGCUCGGUAAUGCCAUCUUAUCCUUGACACAAAAUGGACUCCGACUGCUUCCCAGAUCAUCAGACUGGAUCUACGCAUGCAGAUGGCCCGCUGUCUGACUUUGACCCUGUUAUUGGAGCCUCAGUGGAGGGAAUCAGUACGCUUCCAGUGCCAGAGGCAGAAGACCUUGAUACCUACAGUCUAAUUGUUCCUCCUCCUCUGGACUGGAGGUCCGACUCCUCCAGCGAAGCCGGUUCUGCACAUGAUCUGGAAGACUCUGGCCUGCCUCCCUCUGCUGACCUCCUGGAUCUGAGCAGCCUCGGAGAGUCAGGAUCCCCUCCACUGAUUGGGGAAGACUCGUCGACUCCGGUCCAGUCAUACCAGCAGGUGCUUCUGGGAAAUGCAUCAGAGUCAGGUCAGGCUAUAGAAGUUCAAGUCGAAGAUGCAGAUGUUCCAGCUGCAGAGGAAACGACUCGCGAGGUGUUCGGAGGCUCUGAGAAAGCGGCCAGCGAAGAAGAGGCGGAGCUUUCAAACAGGAGACCAGGUGAUGAGGAUCACAGCCGUAUCCACGCCUUGCUCACCCAGCUUCAGAUGAGGGACACAGAGCGCCGUGAUGAUCACUACUCCAGUCUGGCUGAACAGGAAGUGUGCAGUCACUCCAUGCUGACUCAGAGCACUGAAACCACAGGGCUGCUUUUCUCCGAAAGCCACCAACGAGACCUGCUGGGACUGCUGCAGUGCACGAAGAUCGGUUCUACGGCCCAUCCGUCCCACCUGCCUCUCUUUGGCGACGUCGACGCCGUGCUCUCCGUUUCCUACAGCCAGGAGGAUCCUCGCAGAUGCUGGAGGCAGAGCGCAAACGGUCAGCGACGCAGGGAAGACUCCGUCGCUUCGCUCCCGGAUGACGAGUACCCCGAACCCGUGUGGAUGAAGCUCGGGGAGGAGCCGCCAGAGGAUGAGGCCGGUGCCGACGGAGAACAGAGCGCUGACGACCACCCGUCAUAUAAAGAUGUGCCUGGUCCUUGUGACCCUGAAGACCUGCUGGACGGCGUUAUCUUUGGAGCCAAGUAUCUGGGCUCCACUCAGCUCAAAUCAGACAGGAACCCCUCCACAAACGCUCGCAUGACCCAGGCUCAGGAGGCCGUUGACAGGAUCAAGGCUCCAGAGGGAGAGUCCCAGCCGAUGACCGAAGUGGAUCUGUUCAUCUCCACGAAACGAAUCAAAGUGCUUACAGCUGACACACAGGAAGCCAUGAUGGAUCACUCUUUGCAGAUGAUUUCCUACAUAGCAGACAUUGGUGACAUUGUCGUCCUAAUGGCGCGAAGGAAACAUAAAGGGCAGGACGCGGAUGUUGCUUCCUCUUCAUCGCAGCCUCAAAAGAAGUGCCUAAUGAUUUGCCAUGUUUUCUCCUCGGAGGAUGCUCAGGUCAUCGCUCAGGCCAUCGGACAGGCAUUUGGAGUGGCUUACCAGCAGUUUCUACAGGCUAACGGCAUCAAGGCCAGCGAUCUGAAACCUGGCGAAUACAGUAACUACCUGGAGAGUCAGGAGCUUUACAAUGGAGACUUGGCCCACUUCUCAGACUCUCAGAACCUUCGAGAUAUUGGGAUCACUAAGGCUGCCGGGGAGAUCCUGGGUCUGGCCGUGGUGGAGUCGGGUUGGGGGUCCAUCCUGCCCACGGUGAUGGUGGCCAACCUCCUCCAUGGUGGUCCAGCUGAACGCUGCGGGGAACUCAGCAUCGGUGACCGCAUCAUGUCCGUCAACGGCACCAGCCUGGUGGGUCUGCCCAUCACCACCUGCCAGAACAUCCUCCGGGUAAGAAGAGAAAAAGGCCUCAAGCUUGUUAUGAUACUAAAACUAAUAAUUUGACUUUAUUAUAUAACACUGAGUGAGAAACAAAAAUAUUUCUGGCUUUUUUUAUAUCUGUCAUUGUCUCCAUUGUGCUCUAGAUGGCGCUGUGAUGCAAUAUUCUUCAUUUGAUAGUUGGUUUAAGUGUGUACAUUUGUAAAACAUUAAUACGGCUAAAAUCUGUUUGAAGUGCAAUAUGUUUUGGUUAAUAUAGUCAAAGUGUUGUUAAUUUGUGCUUUGCAUGCUAACAGUAUUGUGAGAUGGAGUGUCUUUGUUUCUGCUUACAACUUUAACAGCUGAGUAGAGGCCAAGAUAAUGAAGAGGUAUAUCUGUCAUUGUCUCCAUUGUGCUCUAGAUGGCGCUGUGAUGCAAUAUUCUUCAUUUGAUAGUUGGUUUAAGUGUGUACGUUUGUAAAACAUUAAUACGGCUAAAAUCUGUACUACUAAUAACAAUUUUCUGGAUAUCUGAUUACAAAACAUCUAUCAAGUUGGGAUUUAGUGUCUGUAUCUUCCACAGAGCAGUGCUAUGUUUGUUUUGUAAUUGGACACUGUGGUAGAGAGAUUUUUUCUUUUGUCUUAAAAUCUGUUACACUGGGAGUUGUA